AUGGCUACCGGUGUUUCGGACUGCCCUCAUAUAAUUGGCGUAUUUAAUGACCACGGAUACGGCGAAAGCAUACUGAAGAGAUUCACCUCCGUUGUGUCGUGGAGUGCAUAUCAUUCCCAGCGUCCCCGGCCAGCCAAACGACGAAAAAUAGCAGCACCGACUUGUGGUACUUGUGAUAUCGCUCUCUCACGACCAUUUGCGUGCUUGCAUUGCUCUUAUGCUGGAUGUUGGAAGGAUGAUCACGUCCUUCAGCACCUGAGAAACACCGGUCAUUGCUUCUGCGUGGAGCCCAGAACGGGCUACAUUUUCUGUACCGAAUGCGACGACUUCAUAUAUGAUGCCAAAGCUGACGGUCUACAUCUUGCGACGGUGCUAGCCGUUGAAGAGAAGCAGACGAAAUUUCAGGUCUCACGGAAGCUGCGAGAACCGUACAAAGAAUGGUCCCCAACACCCAAUGAAGCAAGUGCUCUUGAGGGAUCUGAGGCCAUUCCGUGCCAAGGUAGACGGGGGCUCCUCAAUCUUGGGCAGACGUGCUUCCUGAAUGUGGUUCUGCAAUGCCUCGUACACAAUCCUCUCCUCCGCAACUAUUUCUUAAGCGACAAACAUAACUGCAAGCAGUGCAAGUCGGAGAAUUGUACAUCUUGCGAAAUGGACAAACUCUUCACCGAGGUAUAUUCGGACGAUACAAUUCCAUAUGGCCCAAUCACAUUCCUAGCCACUACUUGGAAAGCAUCCUCUGAGCUCUCAGGCUACGCCCAACAAGACGCACACGAAUUCUUUAUCUGCGCACUGAAUCAAAUACACCUGACGUCGCGAGGCUUCACGAACGUUUCCUGCAACUGUAUUAUCCAUUCCACUUUUGCUGGUCAGCUGCAGAGUGAUGUCAAAUGUGAACGCUGCGGCAACGUAACCACCACCGUCGACCCCAUGCUUGACAUCAGUCUGGAGCUUAAAGGGAAGGGAGGAGAAGUAGCCUCUGCUGAGAAUACCCUGGGAGCUUGCCUACGCAGGUUCACUCAACCGGAGAAGCUCGGUCAGAAGGAGUACAGUUGCGCAAAGUGCGGCAAGGCUGCCCAUGAAGCAAGUAAGAGGCUCAGCAUCCGAAAGCUUCCCCCGGUCCUCAGCUUUCAGUUCAAGCGAUUUGAACACAAGACGAACGAUAAGUCUUCGGCACGUAAAAUUGACGCUGCUAUCCGCUUCCCUGCCUCCCUCAAUAUGUCACCGUAUACCACACUUGCUAUGAAGGACACGGUCAAAGAACAAAGCGGGCCCGCUUCGUCGGCUAUUGGCCCAGAGGCCAUGUACGAGUACGAUCUCUUUGCUGUGAUCAACCACGAAGGCCAGAUCAACAACGGCCAUUACACCAACUUUGCGCGUUUUGAUGACGAGUGGUAUCGUUUCGAUGACGACAAAGUUACGCAUUCGAGCCUAGGGGCAUGCCUCAUUUCAGCGGCAUAUAUGUGCUUCUACGUCAAACGGCACCUAGACUAUAAGCCGUACAUGACGCCCUCGUACGUGCUAACGCGAGAACAUGAAGCCCAACGCGAGAAGGAACUAGAAAAGGAGAAGGAAGCGGCAAGGAUGAGGGAGCUCGAGGACGAUCUGCUUGCCACGGUAUAG